AUGGCAUCUUUACUCCUCCUCCUCGCCGUAGUCCUCACCGCCAUCUCGCCCACGGCGGUCUCCGCCACGACGAACUCCACGGACUUCAUCAGCCGCAGCUGCGCCGUAACCCUCUACCCCAAUCUCUGCUACACCUCCCUCAAACGCUACGCAACCACCGUCAAGCAGAGCCCAUUAACAGUCGCCGUCGCCGCGGCGGACGUCAGCCUAGUCAAGAUAAAGGAAGCUGUUUUGCAGGCGGCGGUGUUGCGGCGAGGCAGCACUGGCAGGGCCAGCGCGGCCCUUCGUGACUGUGUUGAUUUGCUGCGGACUGCAGCGUAUCUUACCAAGCAGUCGGUGGCGGAGACUCAGAAGCUUGGGCGGGCGGCGCAGUCGGGCGGGUCGAGUUUUUCUUGGGAUGCAUCCAACGCUCAGACGUGGAUGAGCGCUGCCCUAACUAAUGAAGAAACCUGCAUCGACGGUUUUCAUGACUUCAGAGGCGGCGCUGGCUCGUCGGUGAAGCGGUUCCUUGCAAAGGUUGGGAGGUUGGAGAAGUAUACUAGUAAUGCUCUUGCGCUACUUAGUGCUCUUGUGGAUGGUUGAUUGAUUCUUCUGUGGGACGUUCUACUGUUCGAUUAAGACUGGAUUCCCAGGAACAGAACAGUAUUUAAUGUAUGUUACUGUUUCUAUUAGUAAUUGUAAAAAGAUUCGAACUGUUUGAAAGUUUGAACUUGAUAAGAUCGGCCAUCUGGUUGUCUUAAGCUUGCAUGUAUUGUACGUGUUAAUGUUUUAUAUGUGUUAAAUGA